AAAACCCAACAUACGUUUCAGCUUAAGCUUACUCUCAAAUCAAACACACACUCUCUCUCUCUCUCUCUCUCUACCGAACUUUCUCUCUCUACAUGACCGCCCGUUCACGGCAGCUCGGCGGCGCAAUCUCACCGCCGUCGCCUUCCGAAACCCCCUCCCCGCCGGCCGACCCCCUCGACUCCGACUUCGUGGUCAUCCUCGCGGCUCUCCUUUGCGCCCUAAUCUGCGUGCUCGGCCUCGUCGCGGUGGCGCGCUGCGCCUGGAUUCGGCGCCUCUCGGGGAGGGCGGCGGUGCCGUCGCAGCCGCGGAGGUCGGCGGCGAACAGAGGCCUGAAGAAGAAGGUGCUGAAGUCGCUGCCGAAGGUGACCUACGGCGAGGACGCGGAGCAGGCGGCGAAGCUCUCGGACUGCGCCAUUUGCCUGACGGAGUUCGCCGCCGGCGAGGAGAUCCGAGUGCUGCCGCAGUGCGGCCACGGAUUCCACGUCGAAUGCAUCGACACGUGGCUCGGAUCGCACUCGUCGUGCCCGUCCUGCCGCCAGAUACUGGUGGCGGCGCGCUGCCGGAAAUGCGGCAAUUUGCCCGCGGCGGAGGGCGGCGGCGAUGAGAAUCGUGUGAAUAGGUUUUUGCCUUGAUUGAUUUUUUUGAAAUCUCUCUCACCUGCUUCAAAUUAGGGAUUACGAAAGCAAUCGAUUUUUUUCUUCUUCUUUUUUGUAUAGAUUGAAAUUUGUGGUUUGAGAGGCAUAGUUUGGAAGCUCGCAAUCACAAAAUUUGGUAAGUUAGGUUUUUAGGAAGAUUUAUUUUUUGUUGAAAGUACUUAUUAAGUUAUUUAUUCAAUGUUUUUGUAAUUUAUUUGAAUAAAAAUUAGCGGUGAAAAAUGAUUCUAGCAGUGUUGUAUUUUUAAA